AUGACAAAGCCUUCAACACUCAUGCUCAAAAGGGAAAAUCGAUUUAUCGAGAUAUCUCUAUCAGCGUUGCAGGAGCUUCGCGAUUUCCUCAAAACCGGUGAUGACGGGCAAGGUAUUUCUCGAUGGGAGUCAUCUCAUUCACUUUCCCUCCUUCUUCAUAUGUUUUUUCAAGAGCAUAAGGAUACGCGACAGCUUCGGAGGUGGCUCUAUAAGCGCUUGCAAAUUGAACUGAAUGACAUUAGCACCCGUUCUGCUGCUGGUCGACUUAUCCAGGAAAUUCGCAUACGAGACCUUGCACUGGGCACGAAGUUUCCAAGAGUCAAUGCUGUACGGGUAGAAAAUGUCGAAAUGUCUGAAGAUAAAAAUAUUUUCGAGAAAAUUACUCUCAUGGUUGAUAUGGAUUACACCGGUGGCUUUGAAACAUCGAUUGACGUGACAACUGUGUUUGGGAAAAGAGCGAAUUUAUCUAUCAAAGUGAGAUUAGUACGAAUUGAGAAGCACAAAGCA